AUGAGGGUGGUGGGAGUAUAUCUUCACCAUUGUCAAAAUAAGGCCGGCCUCGGAGACUUUGCCCGCAUAGUGAGGGUCCUCGACAGGGUCGGGGAUGUAGUGCGACAGUGCCACCCCCGACCUGUGGUCGUUGCCAGAGAUUUUAACGCCCACUCUGUUGAGUGGGGCUGCAGUCCCCGGCAGGAGGACCCUCGGGGCAAGGCUGUGGUCGACUGGGCGGCGGGGUUAAACCUCCUGUUAAUGAACAGGGGGUCAACCAGCACCUGCGUGCGGCCGAACGGGGAGUCAGUCAUAAAUUUGACGUGGGCUUCCCCUUCGGCCGCCCGGAAUUUCCGGGAAUGGGUGGUGGAGCGGGUGAUGGACCGCCGCCCGGGGGAGGGCGACUUUCCCUCCCUAAAAGAUGGGCUCUCGGUCGACUGGACGCGGGUAGGUUCCAGGCGGUCGUUCUUGUGGCCACCUGGUAUCUCGAGCAAAGGCCAGGCCUGUAUCCAAGCCAGGAGGGAGUAUUCCCGGGCCCGGGAGCGAGACGGGGAUGCCACAAGAGUGAAGGUAGGCUGCCUCGGAGCAAGGGAGGCCUUCAAAGCCGCCGUAGCAGAGGCAAAGGCGGGAGCCUGGGAGCAAUUGGUGAGCUCCCUGGAUGACGACCAGUGGGGGUGCCCAUACAAACGGACAAUGGGGAAGAUCCGUCCGUGGGCACCCCCACCAACGGAGUCAAUGGACCCCCAUGACCUCAGGGGGCUUCUCGACACCUUCUUUCCGAGGAAGGAGCCCCGCUCCCAGAUUCCUGUUACUGAAAUCCAGGACGGGGAUUGGAACAAGGACCUGAGUCACACCAGAGGAGUUCACCAUGGGAACCUAUCUGCAACCACGUGGGAUGUUCUCGACGGGAGUCUGAAGGAGGGGGUUUUCCCCCAGGAGUUUAAAAGGGCCAAGUUGGUCCUCCUCCCGAAGGAGAGCAAGACGCCCGGCGGGGCGCCGGCCUACAGGCCGAUAUGCCUGCUGGACGAGGCGGACAAGAUGCUGGAGUGCAUCAUUGCUGACCGCCUCGUCUAG